AUGGGCUCUCACUCCUCUACUCUCUUGCUUCUCUGCGUGGCGAAUCUAGUAGCAUAUGCCUCAGCUCUCCAAUACUUCCCAAAUCUAAGUACCAGGAAAGUCCCAGGCUUGUUUGUGCUAGGCGAUUCUACCGUGGACGCUGGCAACAAUUUAUAUAUCUCAAACCCCAUCGUCGAGGUCUCGGUGCCACCCUAUGGAGACACUUACUUUGGCCACCCCACGGGGCGAUACACUAAUGGAAGAACACUCCCAGAUUUCCUGGCUACUUCACUUGGAUUGCGUUUUCCAGAUCCUUAUCUCAAGCCCGAUAAAUGGAUCGCCCAAGGGGGAUUGAUGAGCUUGAACACUCAGCUAGCGCAGUUCCAUAACCUCACGUUGGCCAGGCCAAACCCAGAGUUUUACAAGGAAUCGGUGUUUGUCUUCUCUAUGGGGGCGAAUGAUAUCAUGGGGAAUUACCUCGCGGAUUCUACCUUGCAAACGCAAGUUACCCCACAAGAAUUUAUCGUGAAGUCACUGAGCGAAGAACUCAAGGACACGAAGAUCGUUCUUGCCAAAACAUAUGAUCUGACCAUGAGCGCCAUCAAAUUCCCACAGGCAUUUGGCUACGAAGAUGUGAAGAGUGCUUGUUGCGGAGCCGGACCCUUCAAUGCAGCUGUUUUCUGUGGGGAUUCUUAUUUAAAAAACGAUGCCAGAACCAAGCAAUUCCAACCUUAUUUGUGCCCCACGCCCUCCAAGUCUAUGUUUUGGGAUUCUAUACAUCCAACUGAGAAGUCAUACUGGCUCUACUUUCGGUAUAUGUGGUAUGGGGAUGACAACGUUGUGGAGCCAUAUAACCUGGCUAAACUGUUUGAGGGCGCUUAUAUCCCACAGCCUCCAUUGCCAAUCCACUCGUCAUGUUUAGUUUAG